AUGUCGCGGGGGUCCAUCGAGAUUCCCCUCCGGGACACUGACGAGGUUAUUGAACUUGACUUCGAUCAGUUACCAGAGGGGGAUGAAGUUAUCAGUAUUCUGAAACAGGAGCACACACAAUUGCACAUAUGGAUUGCUUUGGCGCUGGAAUACUACAAGCAAGGAAAAACAGAAGAGUUUGUAAAGUUAUUAGAAGCAGCUCGUAUCGAUGGCAAUUUAGACUAUAGAGAUCAUGAAAAAGACCAGAUGACAUGCUUGGAUACAUUGGCAGCCUACUAUGUACAACAGGCUCGGAAGGAAAAGAAUAAAGACAAUAAGAAAGAUCUUAUUACACAAGCAACCCUAUUGUAUACAAUGGCUGAUAAAAUUAUUAUGUAUGAUCAGAAUCAUUUAUUGGGAAGAGCCUGUUUCUGCCUACUUGAAGGUGACAAAAUGGAUCAAGCUGAUGCACAGUUUCAUUUUGUACUCAAUCAGUCUCCAAAUAAUAUUCCCGCCCUUCUUGGUAAAGCUUGCAUUUCAUUCAACAAGAAGGAUUACAGAGGAGCUCUUGCUUACUAUAAGAAAGCAUUGCGUACUAACCCAGGAUGUCCAGCGGAAGUUCGUUUAGGGAUGGGCCAUUGCUUUGUGAAGCUUAAUAAACUGGAGAAAGCACGUCUGGCAUUCAGCAGAGCUCUGGAACUCAAUUCCAAAUGUGUAGGAGCAUUGGUUGGGCUAGCUGUUCUAGAACUCAACAAUAAAGAGGAUUAUAGUAAAGUCCAGCACUUGGCUCUCCAUGCAUUCCAUAAUACAGAAGUGGAGGCUAUGCAGGCAGAAAGUUGCUAUCAGCUGGCUAGAUCAUUCCACGUUCAGGAGGAUUAUGACCAAGCUUUCCAGUACUACUAUCAAGCCACACAGUUUGCCUCAUCCUCUUUUGUAUUGCCAUUUUUUGGUUUGGGACAAAUGUAUAUUUAUCGAGGUGAUAAAGAAAAUGCAUCUCAGUGCUUUGAGAAAGUUCUGAAAGCUUAUCCUAAUAAUUACGAAACUAUGAAAAUUCUUGGCUCUCUCUAUGCUGCCUCAGAAGAUCAAGAGAAACGAGAUAUUGCUAAGGGCCACUUGAAGAAGGUCACAGAACAGUACCCUGACGAUGUGGAAGCUUGGAUUGAAUUGGCACAAAUCUUAGAACAGACUGAUAUACAGGGUGCCCUUUCAGCCUACGGAACAGCAACAAGAAUCCUUCAGGAGAAGGUACAGGCCGACGUUCCCCCGGAGAUUCUGAAUAAUGUGGGUGCUCUCCAUUUUAGACUUGGGAACCUAGGGGAAGCAAAGAAAUAUUUUUUGGCAUCAUUGGAUCGUGCAAAGGCAGAAGCUGAACAUGAUGAACAUUAUUACAAUGCUAUUUCUGUUACAACAUCAUACAAUUUAGCCAGGCUGUAUGAGGCGAUGUGUGAAUUCCAUGAAGCAGAAAAACUAUAUAAAAACAUCUUACGGGAACAUCCUAAUUACGUUGACUGCUAUUUGCGCCUAGGAGCGAUGGCCAGAGACAAAGGAAACUUUUAUGAGGCUUCAGAUUGGUUUAAGGAAGCUCUUCAGAUUAAUCAGGAUCAUCCAGAUGCUUGGUCUUUGAUUGGUAAUCUUCAUUUGGCUAAACAAGAAUGGGGCCCAGGUCAGAAGAAAUUUGAGAGGAUAUUAAAACAACCAUCCACACAGAGUGACACUUAUUCUAUGCUGGCCCUUGGCAACGUGUGGCUCCAGACUUUGCAUCAGCCCACCCGAGACCGAGAAAAAGAAAAGCGUCAUCAAGAUCGUGCUUUGGCCAUCUAUAAACAAGUACUCAGGAAUGAUGCAAAGAAUCUGUAUGCUGCCAAUGGCAUAGGAGCUGUGUUGGCCCACAAAGGGUAUUUCCGUGAAGCUCGUGAUGUAUUUGCCCAAGUAAGAGAAGCAACAGCAGACAUCAGUGAUGUGUGGUUGAACUUAGCACACAUCUAUGUGGAACAAAAGCAAUAUAUCAGUGCUGUUCAGAUGUAUGAAAACUGUCUCAGAAAAUUCUAUAAACACCAGAACACUGAAGUUGUACUCUAUUUGGCCCGGGCUCUCUUUAAGUGCGGCAAGUUACAGGAAUGCAAGCAGACUUUGCUGAAGGCUAGACAUGUGGCACCCAGCGAUACAGUUCUUAUGUUUAAUGUGGCCUUGGUGCUGCAAAGAUUAGCUACCUCUGUCCUGAAAGAUGAAAAAAGUAAUUUGAAGGAAGUACUUAAUGCUGUGAAAGAACUGGAGCUUGCACAUAGAUACUUCAGUUACUUGAGUAAAGUGGGAGAUAAAAUGAGAUUUGAUUUGGCCCUUGCUGCUACAGAAGCCAGACAAUGCUCUGACUUGCUGAGUCAGGCCCAGUACCACGUGGCCCGGGCACGCAAACAAGAUGAAGAAGAACGGGAACUGCGGGCCAAACAAGAGCAAGAAAAAGAGCUUUUGAGGCAGAAACUUCUUAAAGAACAGGAAGAGAAACGUCUCCGAGAAAAGGAAGAGCAGAAGAAACUUUUGGAACAACGGGCCCAGUAUGUAGAAAAGACAAAAAAUAUUCUCAUGUUUACUGGUGAGACUGAAGCAACAAAAGAGAAGAAAAGAGGUGGUGGUGGUGGACGGCGUUCUAAGAAGGGAGGAGAAUUUGAUGAAUUUGUCAAUGAUGACACUGAUGAUGACCUGCCUAUGUCCAAAAAGAAGAAGAGGAGGAAGGGCAGUGGUAGUGAACAAGAAGGCGAAGACGAGGAGAGUGGUGAGAGAAAGAAGAAAAAGAGGAGAAGACCUACAAAAGGAGAAGAAGGAUCUGAUGAUGAGGAAACAGAAAAUGGCCCAAAACCGAAAAAGCGCCGUCCACCAAAAGCAGAGAAGAAAAAGGCUCCCAAGCCAGAACGUCUGCCUCCUUCAAUGAAGGGAAAAAUAAAAUCCAAAGCCAUAAUAUCAUCAAGUGAUGAUUCUUCAGAUGAGGAUAAACUUAAAAUUGCUGAUGAAGGACAUCCCAGGAACAGCAACAGCGACUCAGACGAGGGUGAACGGCGGAAGAAACAUGCUUCAUCAGAGAGUGAUUCCGAUGAGAACCAGAACAAGUCUGGCAGCGAGACCGGCAGUCCGCGGAGGCCCCGCAGACAUCAGUCGGAUGAAGAUUCAGACAGUGACCAGCCAUCCAGGAAGAGAAGACCCUCGGGUUCGGAACAGUCUGAUAAUGAGUCUGUGCAGUCAGGAAGAAGCCGCUCAGGAGGAUCUGAGAACGACUCUCACCCAGCUUCUCCAAGCGCUGAAUCAGAUCGAGAUUCCGAGAGAGGAUCUGAUAAUGAGGGCUCCGUCAGGGGCUCAGGAAAUGAGUCGGAGCCAGAGGGAUCCAACAAUGAGGCCUCAGACCGGGGCUCAGAACAUGGGUCAGAUGAUAGCGACUAG